AUGUUCGCAGUGCGAAUCUCUUCAUCAGCGCUGCUGUACCAGAUACUGGUACUGCUAGCAGUAGUGGCCGCAGUCUGCUACGCUAUCCCAAUGAGCAAGUACGAUCCGUUUCUGAUGGACGAUCCGAUGAUUGAGAGCACUGAAUUUACCCCGCUCAACGAAACCAUGGGAAUGGGCAACAUCACCGCACUGGCUCGUUCAAAACGCAGUUGCUGUGGAUGCUGCUGUUGUUGCUGCUGCUGGUACGACACUUCUACUUUUUCGAGUAGUCCUGCUACAUUCAAUAAUUUUAGCUGCUGCUGCUGCGGAAAGAAGAAGAAGCGAUCUGUAGACGGCGAAAAAGGAAAAGGACAGGGCUCACUGUCAAGACGGCGACGCGCACUGCACGAUCUGGAACGAUGGAAUUACAUGCAGAAUACGCAACGAAACGUUCGCAGCGCUCUGAUGGCAUUACUAUAA